AUGGAAACUGGCAGCGCGUUGACGUACUUGCUGGAUACCACCGUGGAGCGGGACAUGUCGGCGGUGGGCAAGUCUGCGGUCCCACGGCAAGGUGACGUUUUAAGCUACGUCCGUCACUACGCCCAAGCAACUGCUACCCGAUCAAUGGCAGCCUCAAUCGCUUUGACAUUGGCGAACUUUCAGAAAUUUCUCGUUCUCUCGGCUUGCGCGGUCCUCCUGGAGGAGGAAGAGGUCUCGCCUGCCGAAGUCCUUACGGUCGCUAAACUCUCCGUGAACGAGCUUAUCGACAAACUCAACUUGCAUGGAUGGGGUUAUCGCUCCAGUGAGUUGCUGCUCGUGUGGAAUCGCACGCCCGCUUUCUACUUUCUUUUGAUGAGCUCGAGUCGUUCCGCUCUGGAGUAUAUAGUUCAAAAGUUGACCCAGGAAGCAUUCAGUGGGCACACGAUGAGCAGUAGGCCUUGGACUCCCAUCUUUGUGCCAAGUAUUGUGAAUCAUAUUCUCGGAUAUAAGGUUCCGUAA